UCCUGUUUAUUGUCUUUCACUCUGUUAAUUUAUUGUUAGAAAUAAUGACAUAUACAUAUCAAAUAUGGCCACCCAUCAUCUGGUUUCAUCUAUUUGUGACCCAAAAGAUGGAAAUAGUGAAUUUUUUACACAUCGUGUACAUGUCAACAUACAGGCUAGAUGUGAUUAAUAAAAUGUUGAGAACGUUUAUCCUUGAAAACCGGCAAAAAGACGUUACGGUAUUUAUAAUACGGAAAAAGAUUAAAAAUACACAGACAAAGAAUUUUAUUGGAAACGCAUCAGAAAACAACGAAAAAAUACGGGAUUUGUCAGCUAUUUAUAACAUAAUUGGGAAUAAUUGUUCGUUAACCAAUAAAGUUUACAAUUUCAACCUGCUAAUGAGUCUUGUGACGGCUUUUGUAUUUAUAUUGGUUGCCAUUUGGCAGACACUCUCUUUAUAUCAGAGUUCUUCACAAUAUGAUAUGAAAGAUAUAAUGAAAGUUACUCUCUGGUGUUGCAACACUGUUUUUAAUUUGGCUGCCCUUGCAGUUGUCUGUGAAAAACUACUUCGGACACGUAAUAAGACUAGGAUUCUGGUGAACAAGAUAAUAAUGAACUAUGAUAUGCCGACGACAAUGAGAGAUCAAGCUAAAGCAUUCAUGGAACUAGUGGAGGCGUGGCCGUUACGAUUCUUUGUAUACGAUAUGUUUUCUAUCGAUAUUACGCUAAUAUUGAAUUUCAUAAGUGUGGCAACAACCUAUUUGAUUGUCAUAAUCCAGAUAUCUCAUUUUAUUUAGUUUGAAACAGGAACGUAGUAUUGUUACCCUCAACUUGAUUACUGUUAUAAACAUGAAGCGUUUCCACCAUUUAGUUAUAAGAAGGAUCCCCGCA